UCGAGAAAGUAGAACAGAAUCCUUCAACCUAGCUAUAAAGAAAACACCAACACACCCUAAAUCAAUUGAAGUUAAAAAAAAAAAAAAAAAAAAAAAAGAAUGCCCCCCAAAAAUAAUUCCUAUCUUAACCAUCCCUUCCCUUCUCUCUCCCUUUCUUCUUUGCCUUAUACUUUCUCUUAAGUCUUAACCAUAUUCACCAUCCAAACCUCAUCUGCUUCUCAUCUUAAAAAUUCCCUCUGAUCUAUGUCCUAGAGGUAUAAGGGCAUCUUCUCUAGCUAGUAUUGGGAAUAAAAGGGUUUGAAAAAAAAAAUAUGGGAAGUGAUAGUAAUAGUGGUAGUAGCAAAACUACUAUAUCCUGCUUUUCGAAGUUGUUGUUUCGAGCUCUAGCAGUGGUAGGGUUUAUCUGGAUUUUGUUAGUUGGAACGGGAGAUACGAAGUCGGCAAGCUUCGUAGCGGAAUCAGCCGGAAAUAUCAAAGACUCCGACGUGGUAGGAAGAGAAAAGCUUGUUCGUCCACAGCUUGAUAUCAAUUAUAUGAGCAAGAGAAGAGUUCCUAAUGGACCAGAUCCAAUUCACAACAGGAGAGCUGGGAACUCUGGACGACCUCCUGGUCAAGCUUAGCCGAUAGAGCUGUUGGAGAAGCUUCAGCAACAGUGCAGAAGAUGUCUCUGCAAUCUCUCUUUUGUAUGUUUUAGUAAAUGGGACUAUAAAACAAAAAUAUAUAUAAAUAUCUCUUUGAACAAUAUGAUGAUGGAAACCCCAA